AUGAAAAUAAGAACAAUAUUAAUAAUUCUUUUAAUCUUAAUUUAAAUAUCUAAACAGGAUUGCAUUAGAUAAUUAAAGGAAUCAAAUUCCUUAUUGAAGAGAAAUCAUUAGAAUGUGUUAUCAUAUUAAUCAGGAGCUUUGAUUUCAUCAAAAAUUAUUAACUAUUUUAGAGAUGGGAAUGAUGGGGUUUGUUUAAGAGAUAGGAUAUAUAAAAUUAUGACAAUUGGAGUACCUCAUACUUAAUGUGGAUUAGGGAAAUAAAUUUCCAUAAAAUUACUCUAAAAAUAUUUAUUGAAUACAGUGAAAAUUUGGUUUUGGGAUUAUGGCUCACUUUUUAAUCAGGUAUUAUGAUAUAAUUGCUUAUGCUAUAUUAGAAUAAGGAAAAAAUAAAAUUUAUGAAAGUAACUCAGCAACAAGUAUAAUUACUAUAUAAUUUCCUGAUUAGUUUGUUGAUGAAUUUGAAUUAGUAAAUAUAGGAGGUAAUACUUACAACCAAAAUUUGCAUAUCAUCAAAGUUGAGGCUUAUUAUAAAUUUUAAUGA